AUGCUCAAUGGACGGCCGGUUGACAUUCUGCAACAAUGGCAUCAGAGAUAUGGCCCGAUAGUCAGCUUUCGCUUUGGUCAGCAGCUGGCCAUCAGCGUAGGCUCCCUUGAUAUAGCCCACGAUUUGUUCAACAAGAGGGGUGCCAUCCACAACUCUCGCCCCCGGUUUAGCAUCGCAACUGAGAUGACCAGCGGACUCAACACAGCAGUCAUGCCCUAUGGCAAGCAAUGGCAGAAUCAACAUCGUAUCGUGAGCCCUAUGCUUGAUUCAAGCACCGUGGGUAAAUACCACGUCCUCGAGGACAUGGAGAGCAAGCAAACGCUCUCCGAACUUCUGCAUACGAGCAACUGGGAAGACACCUUAUCCCGCUAUGCGGGAAGUGUCCUGAUGACACUAGGCUACGGUAUCAGGUUGGAAAACUCGAGCAACAAAAUACCUGCACGGAUCAUGGAGCUGAACGCAAAGCCCUUCGAAGCAAUUGGUAAUACCUAUUACCAGUUGGCUGCACUCUUUCCUUCUCUCGACCGACUGCCCAGUUUUCUCACUCCCUGGAAGUGGGACUGUGCUUCUGUGGAAAAGCAAACGACAGAAUUUCACAUGGAGCACCUCGAGUUCGCGAAGUCAACGUCUUCCUGGAACUGGAUCCAAGAGGCCUUGCAGUCCAAGGCUGGAAGUCAAGCUUCGCCAAAAGAGCUUGCCUAUGCCAUCGGUACUCUGGAGCAAGCGGGAUUCGAAGCCAUCUUCACAGUUCUACGUCUGCUGGUAAAAGCUCUUGUCCUGCACCCACAUUGUUUGAAGGAAGCACAGCGGGAGCUGGAUCAAGUUGUUGGGCCAGGGCGGAUGCCAUCCAACAAAGAUAUCCCCAAUCUACCUUACCUGAGAGCAAUGAUUAAUGAAGCCAUGCGCUGGCAAUCGCCAGCUCCAUUUGCACUUCCCCAUGCCACGACUGAAAAUGACGAAUACAUGGGUUACCACAUACCCAAGGGCACUAUCGUUAUUCCGAACAAUUGGACUAUUUCGUUCGAUCCUGAGAUCUUUCCGGAUCCAUAUGAUUUUAGACCCGAGAGAUGGAUCCAGAACCUGUCUCUUGAACACAGACCAUUCGGAUUUGGGCGCCGAGUCUGUCCAGGGCAGCAUCUGGCGUGGAGUAGCAUCAGCAUUAUCAUGGCUCGACUUGUGUGGGCUUACGACAUCUCUUAUGCCUAUAAAGAUGGAAAGAGAGUUGAGAUCGACCCUUGGGAUAUCAAAAUCCUGUUUACAGCCUCGUCUAUGCCGUUCGAUGCCUCAUUCAAGGUCCGAAGCGCUGAAACACAGGAACUCAUUGAGAGGGAGUGGGAAAAUGCAUGUAAGGAUACGGCCCAGAUUUCGGGGCAAAUUUGGCCAAAUAGGGGUAUGUGA